GUGCCCUCACGGGUAGCGGAUUGGCCGGGCUCGGUCACGUGGGUCGGCUGUCAGCGCUUGUUAUUGUUGUCGUCCCCGUCUCUGGGAAGGGGGAAGAGGUGGAGUCACGUGACCCCGGAGGGGGAAGCUCUGAGGCUGCUCCGGACCACGUGACCCUUCGGCUUUCUCUUACGUUCUCUCUGGGCGCCUUUUCCGUCCUGUGACCGGGGGAAUGCGGAGCGAGGAGGGCUGAGAUUUUUUUAUAGGCAGAAAUGAGCCACGAAUGGAAACCAUCACCCCUCUUCCCCCAUUGAAGCCACAGGAUAGAAAGGCAUCUGCUAUAUAAGAAGCCGUUCAGCCAAGGUCUUCUUCUCCCAGCCGGAGACUUUCCAUGUCUGUUGCAGGUUGAACCCCCCCCCCCCACAGUCGUUAUUUUUGUUUAAUAAUGGCGGAGCCACGAAGGGUGCAGCUGUCCGGCAUUCCUUCUUCAUCCCCUUUCCACCCCUCAGCGCCGAAGAAGCCACGCCCGGAAAACCAGGAGGAAACGGAGGCACCCGUAGCAGCUACAGUCCGCAUUGCACUGUCUCUGUUUGAGCCGGAUCAGAAGAAAUGCCCGGAGUUCUUCUACCCGGAAUUAGUGAGGAAUCGGCAGGGGAACGGCAAGAAGAACCCUUCAGGAGAGAAUAAGAAAAAUUUCGAUCCAUUUGAUGACGAGGAAGCGGAGAGAAAGGAGGUGGAAAACUUGGCUAGGAAAUUUGAACAGAAAUAUGCUCCUACUGCUGUCAGUCAAACUCCUGUGAGAAGGGAGCAGGAACGUGGCUUACCGGUGCUGCGUGUCUGUGGAUGCACACAUCCUGGAUUGGGAGCAUGCUCACAUGGGUGCCCCCAUAGCACACAGCUUGCUAAAGAGGCACAUGGAGGAAGGAGUGGACAGCACCAGCGGGGGACUGCCAAAGAGAAGAGCAACAAGAAGAAGAGGAAAGAUCGCGUGCAGGAUCUGAUCGACAUGGGCUACGGCUAUGACGAUUCCGACUCCUUCAUUGACAACUCUGAGGCGUACGAUGAACUUGUCCCUGCAUCGCUGAACACCAAGUAUGGCGGAUUUUACAUCAAUUCUGGAACACUGCAGUUCAGACAAGCUUCUGAUUCAGAGGAUGAAUUUGUCAAAGAGAAGAAAAAUAAAUCCCCCAAGAAAAUGAAGGAGAGGGGAGACAAAAUUAAGAAGAAAAAGAGAGAAGAAGAGAAAAAGGGAAGGAAGAAUAAACACCCAAAGCCAGGUUUCACAGCUCUAAAUGGCGUGAAGGAUAAAAAGAAGAAGAAACCACCACCACCUGUCACUGAUGUGUCGGAGAUGCUGGCCAGGUUUCGGCAGGAGAAGGAAGCAGAAAAAAAGAAAUUGAUGGUCACUACCAUAUGCACGACGCCAAAGGUUUCCUCCAUGUCUUCAACGCCAGUGCUGCCUCCUCCUCCACCGCGAGAGGCUGAGCCGGCUCCAGACCCGCUACUUUCCACCAUAGUGACAGAGACUGAGCUCCUCCAAGCAGCCAGCGCCCUUGAUGCACUGAGCGAUAAAGACUUGGAUAACUUGCUUGGUCCUCCACCAGAGAAAGGAGCUGGGGGUUCGGUGAUUGCACCUUCAGAAGAGUUUAAGAAACCGCCGUCUAUGCCUGAGGGCCUGCCAAUAUCUCUAGAAGUGAAGAUUAAAGAGCUGACAUUGGCUGUGCGCGGGUCAGAGGGCGACAAGAAAACAAUCUUGUUUACCGGGAAAAUGAAUAGUGCUCUUUUGGACAUAUACCUGUUGUCUCGGGACCUCAGCCCUGCUCAUCGCUCUGCGGUCUUUACCCACCUGUCAUAUGUCCUCCCCUGCAGUAAAGACACACUUGUGAAAUGGGCCAGCCGCCUCUACCUACAUAAACAGCAGGGGGGUCGGUUGCAAGAGCCGCUACGGAAGCUGAAGGAAGCUGUAUUGAAGGCAAUGCCAGAACAUAUCAGCAAGUACAACAAAGAGUUUAAAAUAUACAACGAAGCAAAAUAUGCCAAAAUGCUGUCAGAUGACAAGGAUCAGAAGGCCCAUUCUGAAGAAGAGGAGGAAGAAGACAAGAGCAGCAAGAGAACUGCUGGGCCGCGAAAGAAGUUCCAGUGGACGGAGGAGAUCAGGCAGCUCUUGAGCCAGUUGGUCUGUAUUAAGAUGGAUAUGUUUGAACCAGAGGGCAGUGGUGGAAUGCUGAGCCUAGAAGAGUAUUUCAAAUCUUUCCUGGAUACUGAAGUGAAACCUAUCUGGCCUCGAGGCUGGAUGCAGGCCCGGACUCUCUUUAAUGAAAGCAGACGUCUGUACCCGCAGCUCAGCUCUAUAAUGGCAAAAAACAAACCCACAGCUCCAUCCAAAGUAAAAGUAAAGGAAUUUCCAAACAAGGUAGAGAAGACUGUACCUCCUUCCCCUGUAGAGGUGCAGGGAGCAGCCGUCUCCUCAACACUUCCUGCUAAGAACAGUCCGGUUCCGGCACCUCCAUCAUCCUUUUCUACUAGCGCGUCUCCAGUCGCUACCUACAAUCAGGACAACUCUCUAGAUGGAGAUCUCAUCCGCAACCCCCCAUCUCUAGAUGCCGUAUCGGAACACUUGAGUGCCCUGUCCAGCCGAACAUCAACCUUCGAAUUUCCUGUUCCCAAAUCGUCUGGGCUUGAGAAACCCACGGAGGAGAAAAAGAAGAGCUCUCCAGUAGUAUCUGUAGCAAAUGCCUCCCAUUCUUUAUCACGGCCACCAACAUUUACUGACAAACCAGCACUGGUUCCAGAGAAGAAGCAACUGGUACAGGUCCUCGGUUCAAAGAUGAUAUCUGAAGUCCAGCAAAAGCCACAGCAGCAAGCACAUGGGCAGGUGAAGAUCACCCAGGUCACCAACCCAUCUCUACAGCCCUCGGUGAAGCUUUACCACAUGAACAGCCAGCACAUUAAGGGGAGCUUCGCACCCCCGAUCCAGAGUAGUGGUCAGAGAGUCACUGCUCCAUCACCUCCACAGAGGCCUCCCACCCCACAAACAAAAUCUCUCAAACCCCAGGCUUUCACUUCUCCACCAUCUAACAUGGUUAACCAUCACAAACCUGUAAUAUCACCAAACUUGUUGGGAAAGCACCCUGGCAUCAGUAGCACAGUGGUACCCGCAUCCUACAGGCCAGCCGUUCCAAGGCUUCAGGUUCCUUCACCCGGUAACUCAGGGAACACAAUUGGCCUGAACAACACAGUCUCUGUCAACCAGUCGCCACCAACGGUUCUGCGUGGUCCAACCACUGUUCCUGCCAAGAAGCCCACCCACCCAUCUCAAAAGUUGACCUUGAUGGCAUUGCAAGACUCUGGAAAAGGAACACAAGGAGUGGCCAAGUUGCUGACCUCAUCCAUGAUUGGAGGAAUGGGAGGAAACACAGGCGCACCUUCCAGUCUAAGUCAGCCGACAAAGUGCAGCACAGCCUCCGGACUCAUCACCCCGUCCUCUUCCCCCUCACUGACUGUACUCACUCCAAAUUACAAACCAAAUGGAGGAAAAAUCCCAACAGCCACCUCCUUGGGCCUCUUACCAACCCUCCACCCUUCCCUGCUACAUGUCAUUUACACCACAGACGCGGGCCAAAAAUCAAAAGAUGCCAUCGUUACCGGGCCAGCUCCAGGCACUUUCAGCCAUGGACUUGCACGAAAUCUCUUGAGUGGUCUUCAUCCGUCUGCACAAAGUGCGCACCUAGCCCUGUCCGGACACUCUCAGCCAGCACAGACAGAUGGUGCUCAUGCAAAGACCCCAGUCCUCCCUCCAAGGAAGCUUUAAUUUUUGGACCAAAUCCAGUGACACAAUCUUAGGGACGAUGUCUGCGCACUAAAUAAAAAUGCUGGGUGCUUUUCUCAGCAUUUUCUACACAAGCACUUAUUUUCUAUGUGACAACAGAGAGGUGUCAAAUUUUAUAUUUGUGGAACUGACCGGAGAAGAUAAGAACUUGCUUUUUUCUUUUUUUCUUUUUUUACCUUCAUUUUCUUUUUUUUUUUUUUUUUUACCUUCAUUUUCUUUCUUUCUAAGUUGCAUUGGACAUGAACAUUUUUGCUUGCAACUCCUCACUGUGCCCACAGUGGAUUGUAAACGAAUUGAAAGGCUGCCUUGACCAGGGACUAUUUCCGUUUUGCUUGUACGGUGGUAUCUUGGUUCCCCUGCUCCUUGAAUAUUCUAGCGAGAAGAUUUUUCUGCUUUCCUCUUUUAUCGCUCUCUCCAGCCAUUGAGCUCCCUAAUCUUUAUAAAGCGUACAUCCGGAGAAAGUAAUACCGCCUUUUGCCUUUCUUUGGGUCGGACCGGGAAGUCUCACCACACUGGAACGGCCCGAAAGAUACAAGAAGCAGCUUUAUGAUUUAGUUCCCCCUUGCUAAACUGAAAUCUUAGCAGGUGAAGCUGACCUUUGAAAUAUGUCCAGCCAUCUCACGUGGGAAGGUUUUUACUGCCAUCUGGGGCUCCAUUGGAACGUUUUUCCCUCAUUUACUGUCAUGGUGAUAACGAUUUCACCAGACGGCAAAAAUCUUUAACAUGAUUGGAAAGAUUCAACUUUUAAAAAAAUUAAAAUAACAAACGUAUCAUA